AUGUUGAAUAUAGGAAAACUUCAUGGGGACAAAGAUGGUCUUGGAUUUAUUCAUUUUGUUUCUAGUGCAUCUAGUGCUACCACUAGGUGUGGGUUGACUGGUCAUAUUCGACUAGUCUGUCAUGUGUACAAAAUUAAACAGACUAGAAAAUUGUCUACCAAGUCUAGAAGGAAUCCCAAAUCUUUGCAAGAUCAGGUUGAUCAUUUGCUAAAUGAAGUAACUAAGAUUGCCAAACUUGUCUCUCUUAAAAUGACCUCACCUAUUGUGCCUAAAUCUACUUGGGUUGCAAAAGGUCAAACCAAAAGUUUUGUUGUACUAAAUACUUUUGCUGCUUCAAACACCAACUCUUGGUACUUUGAUAGUGGCUGUUCCAAACAUAUGUCUGGCGAUAAUUGUGUUUUCUCAUCUCUUAGUCCUUUUGAUGGAGCCACUGUGACUUUUGGGGGAGGUCACAAGUCUCAAGUAGUGGGAAAAGGCAAUGCGUGCAUUCCUAGUCUACCCGAGCUUAAAAAUGUUAGAUUUGUUGAGGGUCUCACAUCCAAUCUCAUUGGUGUGAUGAUGGAGUGGUAG